CUUCUUCUUCGUGGCACAGAGGUCCCUCCCAGAUGAAGUUGCCAGCCCCCUUAACCUCCGCCACGGUGGUGUGUCGCUCGCACCUGGACAUCGCAGCGCUGCCUCACAUCGCAGAGACCAUCAGCGCGUUCCUCGAUUGCUCCGUGCACUGGUCGCUUCCCGCGGCGUGCGGCUUUGCCUUCCAGGACGGCGCUCUCCGACUCGUGAAACGCGUUACAGUGCACCAAACGAUCCGCGAGGCGAAAGCACAGGAAAUUCUGCAUCAGUACCCGAAAUUUCGCGCUUUCGAACCCAAAAUUCAGAGAACUGAGGCGACCUUGGUACUCCGCCAGAAACAAGAUCCUUUCUACCGUCAAAAGCUCUUCACGCUCGGCAUGGCACGCGCUGCUGCACGUGGAGACCUGAGCGUGAUGCAGUGGCUCGUACGGGAGUUCCCCGGUUGCUACGUGACACGUGCAGUGGAGCAAGCGGCCAAAAAUGGUCAUUUACAGGUCCUACAAUGGCUACAUAGGAACAGCCGAGUGGGUCAUAUACGAGACGAAGGGGGCGGGAGAAACAACACAAGCCUCGACGUGUUCUGGGGCGCUAAGGAGCUGUAUUACGCUGGGUUAAAUGGCCAUCUGAGGGUGGUGCAAUGGCUACAGGAGCAUACGAACCCAACUCCGACGCAUAUGUUCUUCGUGACGCUCGAGGAAGCAGCCAAGAACGGAGAUCUGGCCAUGGUCAAGUGGCUCUGCAACGUCAGAGGAGAAUGGUCGCCCUAUGCGGCGGUAUUGGCGGCCAGCGGCGGGCAUUUGGAGGUCCUGAAGUGGCUGAAAAGUAACAUUUUCAGUUCCUCGCCCUCUGCAAACAUGGAUGAUGCAGCGGCGAAUGGACAUUUGCAUGUGCUAAAAUGGCUACAAGUGAACUCUGGGUACACUACUCAUGCAGCCAUGAAUAAAGCAGCAGGGAAUGGACACUUGGGAAUCGUCAAGUGGCUUCAAAACACUCGACGAGAAGGAUGCACCUCUGUAGCCAUGGACCGAGCUGCUGCUAAUGGCUACUUUGAAAUUGUCAAAUGGCUACAUACGAAUCGGGAGGAAGGGUGUACCAAGGCGGCGAUGGAUGAGGCAGCAACGCAUGGGCAUCUUAAACUUGUACAAUGGUUGCAGACUAAUCGUAAGGAAGGGUGUACGACCAGGGCAAUGGACGGCGCUGCCAUGAACGGUCACUUGGAAGUGGUGAAAUGGCUACAUCAACACCGUAAAGAAGGCUGUACGACAGCAGCGAUGGAUGGCGCAGCGCGAGCGAACCAUCUAAAGGUCGUCGAAUGGCUACAGAAGAACCGUAAAGAGGGCUGUACACUCGCGGCCAUGAACCUUGCAGCUCGAAACGGCCACUUGGACGUUGUGACAUGGCUACAUCGUCAUCGUACAGAAGGAUGUACAAAGGAUGCGAUGGAUCAAGCUGCAGCUCACGGUCAUUUACACGUCGUACAAUGGCUACACAAGAACCGUAACGAAGGUUGCACGUUCAACGCAAUGGACCGCGCUGCGGGUGCAGGACAUCUCGAUGUUGUGAAAUGGCUACAUGAGAACAGAACUGAAGGUUGCACGAAGGCCGCGAUGGACAACGCAGCAUCAAGAGGCCAAUUGAAGGUGGUGCAAUGGCUACAUGCCAACCGAAGUGAAGGUUGCACUGGCGUUGCAAUGGACGGAGCCGCGUCCAGUGGACACUUUGAUGUUCUGUUAUUUUUGCAAAGUGAGCGAUCUGAGGGCUGCACGGCCAAAGCGUUUGUGAAUGCAACGACUGCUGACGAGCUGGAGAUUUUGCAAUGGCUGUUUGAGCAUUACCGCGAACAGUUUGGACAUGAUCGUCUGCAGCUUUUUGCUGUGGGUAAAUUCUAUACGCUCCAGUGGCUCAAGCACGAGUCGAUUCUCGAAGAUCUACCUGAGAGCGAGCGCCACUUUGAGUAACUGUGUCUAAUUGGUAUGGACAAGUAAGAAGCUAUUUAUUUGUUAGGGAAGGUUUUCAAAUGACACAAUUAUCAACACGAAAGCAAACAUUUGCACGUUACGUGUGGUACUGUACA